UCGGCGAACACCGAGAUGCACCCCACGCAUAGUUCUUCAGCGAUUGGACGGCUUCCGCACGAUCGUAACUAGUUUAGCGGUUCACGACAGUUAGCUGCCACGAGUCGGAGGGUUCGGUCGACUCGACCGCUGCAUCGUCCCCGAACGGCACGGCGAGCGCUUCUCCCGUUGCAGCGUCGACGAGAGAACGCGCGUGCGAAGACAGACAGCACUGAUCCCGUGUCCCCCGUGUCGACCUUUGACACUGGGUCGGCGACAAAAGCUUACAAAGAAAACGUUGAGCGGUCGACGAUCUCCCUUUCGACGAGCUCCUCUCUUGGAUUAUCAACAUCCACGAUAUCCUUCGCGGGGUUUUUUGACGUCUCUUGUCUCAACUCAUCCGGGAACAUCAUGCUACCGAGAUUGACUCUGGCGGUUGCUCUACUCCUUUUAAUAAUGGGAGUUAUAUCGUCGAAGGGAUGCGAGUUGGAUCAGAUGCGAUAUGGAUGCCGCAUCUAUAAUGCGCAAUGCAGUUGCGGUUACGGCUGUAAAUCCGAAUACAGAUACGAUAACAAUGACGAUUGCAAAUUAGCGCUGAAAGGAAGACGUAGCGAUAUAUGCUCUCGAUCGAAACCGUGCCUGAAUGAAGGUUCAUGCUCCCAAAUAUCAUCGGAUCCUGGAUUUAAAUGUCGUUGUGAAGGCACUGGAUUCUACGGCACUUAUUGCGAAACACCUUGUCCACGACCAAACAAUACAUCUUUCCGAGGACAAUUCCCUUACGAGUGUGUCGUGAUCUAACUCGAAUUUUUUCUCUUACUUUCAUCUGAAAUUCAAACUUGUAAUAAUAUGAUACAUACAUACAAGAAAAGAAACGCAUUUCAUAAAACAUAAUAUUUACACAUCUUUGUACAUACAUAAUAAAUAUUAAAACAGA